AUGCUAGUCGGUGAUAUAUCAUUUUUGUAUUAUCCGCUAAUCGUCUUGAUAGGGUUGUAUUUGGGGAUUUUAUUUAUUAUAAAUAAGAUUCCUAAUAUUACUGUCAAGGCAUUAGGAUGGUUGGCCAUUAAUCAUGUCACUAUAGGAACAAAUAAGGGUCAAAUUUAUAUACGGAAAGUGAAGUUUAAAAUUAAUGUAUUCAGAAGCAGAAAUUCACCAUUAAAAUUAUUCAACCUUGAGUUAUAUGAUAUGGAAAUAAAGGCAGCCAGAUUGGGGUCGGAACUACCCGAGAAGGACCCCUUCCCUGGUGAUCAUAGUGUUCUUGAUUCAGAUAUUUCAACCAUUUUAACAUUUUGCAUACCGAACCGGUUAUACGAAAUACUUUUCAGACGGAGAGUGCUCAAUCGAUUUAACUUACAUCUUUAUAGAACAUCUGUACAGCUUCAAGGAAUGGAUGACCUGAUGAAAGCAUUUUUUGAUUAUGCCAGGCUUGAAAGUAUCUUUGGUUUAGAAGAGAAGAGCAGGUUUGUUGUAACGAUCAUCAAUGGUUAUGUUCAGAAGAAGGAACAACCCAGCGAAUCAAGUCACUUCAAAUUUAUUAGAAAUGUGGAGUUUUGUAUAAGUUGUGAUACGAUUUUAAGUUGCUUGGUUGAUGUACCCAACAAAUUGUAUGUCAAACUAGGAAAUUCUGAACUUUCAUUGUCAUUGGGAAAGAUGUCGUUACCCAUAGAUACAUUAAUGUUAUUCCAAAAGGAAUAUGGGACGAACAAGAACCGAUCAAAACAGCAAAAUAAAACCAGCAUACUUAAGUUGAGUGAAAACUUCCUUGAAGUUUUCUCAAGUUUAGAUAUUAAGUUGGAGGAUUUUAAUGUGACCUACCAAGAGAUCAAGGUUCAGGUUUCAAAUUUACAAAUGCUAAUAUCAAAUAAACAUCUUCUACGUUACGAUGAGAAAAACCUUAUGGAUUUACUGUUUUUUUUAACAUCUUAUAGGCUAUUCCAUAGAGGUGAUAAGUCUGUUGAAAUUCCUUCCGCUGCAUUUAAAUGUACUUUUGAACCGUUGGAAUUUCUAGAAACAAUUUUACAAAUGAAGGAUGGAUCUACUAACUUGCUGCAAGCAAAUAAAAAAUUGAAUUUUGAGUCAUCAUUGACUAUCACAAAGCCUAGCGUUGAUAUUUACUAUGAUCAAAUAGGCCUAUUAUUCCAAUCACCGAUUCCACAUAAAGGUGAUAAAAGUAAACUUAAACCCGCGAUCAAUUAUCUUGAUAUCUUGAGAAAUAUUCGAAAAGUAUCGAAUAAGAUUCUUAUUAUUGACACAACUGUUAAUUUUCAUUUACCGAAGCUUGGUAACAAUGAAUUCCAUAGAGGCUCAAUUCUGAAUAUUAUUGUUUCGUGUACCUUAUUAUCAUUUUAUCAUAAAUUUUUCACAAAGAAUUUAAAGAAACAUCUACAUAAGGGAUCGGAAGGGCUUCAUAAAUGCAGUAUUGAUGGCUAUUUUAAACUCAAGUCUUUGAAAAUUGACGUAGUUGAUAAUCUAAUUCAAUUGUCGAAGGUUAAUUUAUUGAUAUCUUACAAUAUUUUCGAAAAACAGAUGUCAAUCAAGCUAAUUAACAAGGACAUUAAACUUAAAUCUAUUAACGAUAUUAUUUUUCAGUUAGUUCGAAGGUACCGGAACCAAAUUAUCCUGAACCAUAAUAAAGCAUACGCUUCAUUUGAUGAAAAUAUUCAAAGAAGAAGGCUGUCACACCAAAUUGAACCCGAAGGUACAAAUGAAGAAAACUACUUGGAAUUAUUCAACAUUAUACCGUCAUUUAUUUCAUCGUUUAAAUUCACCAGUUCGAAUAUUCAAGCUGAUAUUGCUUGUAAAGAUGGAUUGCCGGAUCAAAUCGUGUUUGAUGAACUUCUUCAAGACGAAGUAAAUUUAGGUGGUUUUAGAAGAGGAGUUUCUAUUAAAUUAAGUGACAUAGAAUUUUCCUAUAAGUAUUUGAGAGAGGAAAUUUCUUCUUCUGUUCGUUCCAUUCAAUGCUUUACUGUAAGUGAAUAUGCCAACGAGUUAGACGUGGAUUCUGACAUUGAUGAUUACAAUUCUAGUGACGUUGAUUUCAGUGACAUGUCAAGUUUGGAUUCAGAGAAUUCUAUGAAUAUAGACACAGAAGAGAUCAAGAGGGUUAAAAGGGUUUUAAAUGUCACUGAUGUUUUAAUCAGAAAUUUCAGUACGGAUAAAGAAAGUGAAAAAGAGAGAGAUAUUAAUCAUCUCUACCUUCACAUUACUGCUAUUGAUGGCCACUUAGAUAAUUUCUUAGUAUGGUGCUCGUUCUAUGCUGUGAGCUUGAUCAAAUAUUUUGCUCCGACUAUCCAAAAGGAUUACACGAAGGAGGAAAUAUCAGAAAUUAAAGGUCCAUCAAGAAAAUUGAAACUUGAUGUUUUUAUCGAUUCUGCAGCUGUAAUUGCAAGAUUACCUAACAAGGUCGAUAUCCUUUUGGAAUUUGAUACAGUGAAAAUGAAAAACAUACUCAUUGCAAAAGCUGCAAGCUUUGCUUUUGCUAGACUUUAUGUUGUUCAUCCGAGUACAAAAUUAUGGACGAGGCUAUUGACUAUCAAGGAAUCUAUAUUUAGAUACAAUAGUAUCCUCACUGAUGAUCAAGGAAAGUUUGAAACUAUUGCUGAAUGUAUUAGAUUGAAUAUCCCACACCAAUUCCUAUUUUAUACGGUGAUUGAUAAUAUAAUCACUUUCGUUAAAUCAGCUAAACAAAUUCAGUAUAAUUUCGACAAUUUGUAUUCCAAAAUUGAUGACUUUAAACGUAUUAUGCCACAUGAAAAGCGUACAACUAAUAUCCCAAAAGUAGUUGUAAAGUCAAAAAUUUUUGGUAUCACUUUGGAGAAUGAUUUAUUUGAAAAUGAACUUUCAUAUAUUUACGAAUUAGGAUUAAUUGAACAAAAAGCAAGGUUGAAAAAACUUAAACUAUUCGAAGCAAAAGUGGACAAGAUUAUAGCAAAUACCAAGCCAUCGAUAGAUGAUAAGGUUAAAUUGACUAAUAAAGAACCUACUCGACGUAGAUUCGUUUCAUCUACUGGUGGUUUUUCAUCUAACCCAAAGACAAAUAGCCCACUCAGGAAAAUGUUUAGUGAAUCAGGAUUUCAUCUGCAUUCACAUCUGCAUUUGCCGUUCAGGGAUAAAUUUCAUAAACAAAGAAAUGAUGGUUUGUCCAAUUUUGAAGAAGAUGAUCAAUCAUGGUUGUAUACAAAUGACCAAGAGGCUAACAUAAAAAUAAACAAUGCAAAAGAAAUUCUUGAAAAACAAUUUGCAACAUCAUGGAUAAAAAAAUAUAAAAAGUUUCGUAGCUUUAAAAUUAAUACUUGGAGUAAAAGAGCCAGUAGUGCUUGGGGUGAGGAACACAUUAAUCCUAGAAUUGCUGAAAAGUUUAAUAUUUUAAGUUAUGCGUCUGGUCCGCAUAUGAUGUGUGGUUACUUUAGGGACGUUGAUCUCACUAUUGAUCAAGCAAGAAUAUGUGACGUGGACGAUUUCAUUUAUAAAUAUGGGAAGAAACAACCUCGACUUGAUUACUCAAUUUUAAUACCAUUAUUUAUAUCGCUUAAAAGUUCAUCUUUGUACGUGAUGUUGAGAGAUUACCCUUUGCCGCUACUUUCUUUUCCAUCGAAUAAGAAUCCAAAUAAACCAACAAUCAAUUUUUCAGGAAAUUUUGUGAUUAAUGAAAGAUUAGUUCAGGCUAGAGAUGAAAUGAGAUUUAUUUUUGUACCGUUUUCUCCUGCUGCAGUGGCAUCGAAUGACGAAUCUGAUAACUUUUAUUCCGUGUUUGUCCCUAGAACUCUUACUCCGGUAAAAGUGAUUCUCGAUAUGCAAUGUGAUUUAGACACAGAUAGGCCAUGUAUGAUAACAUGGUGCAAAGCGUAUUCAGCUGGACUACUGGCAGCACUGGCUGCAUUCGAUAAAUUUACUAAACCCAAAAUUGAUUACAGUCCAAUUGGUUGGUGGGAUAAAAUUGCAUUAUUAGUACACGGAAAAGUUAUAUUCAAUAUAGCCAAUGAAUUAUGCCUUCACAUGAAAGCAUCCACAAGUCCAUAUGAGCUUAUAGGAAGGUCAGCAGGGUUUGUGUUUUGUUGGAAGAACAAUGUUAGUUUGAGAUUUAAUAAUAAUGGAAAGUGUGAGGAGCUAAUAAUGUUGGAUAGUGAUGAUUUUGUUCUUGCAAUCCCUAGUUAUUCAUUAGCAGAGAGAAAGUCGUGGAAUUUGUUUUAUGAACAUCAUAAUAUCUAUUCAGAAGAAAAUGAUGCAGACUCGAAAAGGUUUAAAAAGAAAGUGAUGCUGUUAACUUCUUCAGAUAGAGUUAGAUGGGUUUUGGGUGUUGUGUUUGAAAGAAAUAAAAAUAGGACUAAUGAUUUAUCUGAUCAGCAGCCAAGAACAUCCACAUUUAAAGCUCAUUAUGACGUUCGUGUAACAUCGUCUGACGUGGACUCGUAUGAAGACUACCGUUCUGAUUAUAUACAUAUUGCGCUAUCUGUGGUAUCGAAAUCAUCAUCAGGAACUAGUUAUAAUGCAGCAUAUUUUACACCAUUGAUAUUCCACUACUUCUUUCACUGGUGGGAUACGUUGACAAAACACACAUCUUUGCCGAUCAAAAAGGGACGACUUUUUUCGCAAGAACCAGUUGAUAUAACACAUGUGAAGAUGGGAACCCAUGUUUUUACGGUUAAAUAUCAAUUGGUUUUUGAACCAAUCUCAAUAUCUCAUCUUUAUAUUCAUUCGUCAAGUGGUGAAUUAGAUCAACAGAAUAAAACAGCUUUUACUGGUCUCAAGGGAAAAUUCUCAACUUGUGCAAUUGAUUUACACCAGAGAAAGGAACAGAUUAGAUACGUUAAUGAAAAAUUGAAUAUCAAUAAUAAGAUCUUGCAUCUCAAGAUGAACGAAGGUGGGGUAAAUAUAGAUGAUGCUGACAUUAGAUUUGUAAAUGCAAUAUUCAAUGAGAAGUCAGUCAGAGGAUACUUAGCAACGUUUAUGAAAGACUCAAAUAGUACAGACUCACCUGCCACACCGUCGCUGAAGUCACUGAAUGGCGAUUUUAAUACUUUUAGCGAUUGGAUUGAAAAUGUAGACAUAUUUGAUAAUGACAAUUCAUGGAUCGAUCCUGCUGAUUAUGUUGAAUUGCAUCAAACUGUACAGCCUUCAUCUUACCCCAGUAUUAGAAUAAUGCCGUUUUUCUUCAGUCCUAAAUUCACGUAUUUCAGAGAGUUUUCACUCCACGAGGAUGGACCAUUCCCAUUCGGUAAGGAGAAGUUUCAUAAUUGUGUAAUUGGCUUAGAAAAACCGGAAAGGACGCAAGCGAUUUUACUAGGUGAAAGAAAAAAGAACGUUGAAAGGGAGAUGCAGAUACACGAAGAGCUCCUUCCUGGAUUGGAACCUUUAGGUUCAUCGGAGGCUCUCAAUGAUAAUAUAGAGAGAAUUAAAGGAGACAUCAAGAUAUGUAAAGAGAAAUUGAACAUAAUAGAAUCGAUAAAGGAAAAUUUUCCAGAUAAGACUGAAAAUUCCGAUGUUGCAGAAAAUCUACCUAUUGACUCUCAUGAAUCAAUCGAACCUUCAAUUACGAAUCAUAAAUAUAAUGAUUAUAUGAAUGAAACGAAUACUGAACAUGCACCUGCAAGUGAAUUUCACAAUAGAUUUGUAAUUCACAACCCACAAUUAAAAUGGCACAAUGAUUUGAGAGAUUUAUUUAUGGAAUACAUUAAGAGAGUUGGUGAUAGAAAAUCCCAAGUAUACUUCAUGAGUAAAAAAGCUGUUGAUUUGGCGGAGGCUUUUAUUAAUACAAGAAGAGACGAUGAUGAAGCUGAGGAUGAAGAAAAAUCGAAUACGAAUGAUUCAGCCGAAAAGAUAUUUAGGAAAGAAUACAAAAGUGGCGAAGAAAUCAUGAAGAAUUUCAACCAGCAGCUUAAUGAAAUUCACAAUGAAGAUCAAGAAGUAGAGGAUAAAUAUUUGAUCAAACUUAUACAUCCACAGAUCCAAAUGGUGAGCGAGAAAGAUAUCAAUGCAUGUAUUUUAGUGACUUCAACAGAUGUGGAAUUGAGGAUAGUUUCAAUCAAUGUUAAGGGCAUGAAUGACGUGGUGAGUGAGAAUAAUGGCGUUGGUAAGUUAGUUGAAUCAAGAUAUGGUGUAUCGUUUAAAGAUUCACAUGUAUUUGCGUUCAAAAAAUCAGAAGAGUCUAUCACCGCUUCUGACGUACCGUAUGGCUCUAAAUUUUCUGAAGUUAAUUGGCCUCCAUGGUUGGAAACGGAGACCUGUUACGACAGCGCGUGGGCCAAGGACCAACUAGUUGUAGAGAGAACCUCAAUGUCAUUUUUGCUAAUGAAACCUAACCAUUUGGUAGCAAGUGAUAGCAAGGCAACAAUACAAAAUAACGAAAUUUCGUUACAUGUAACGAAACUAGUUAUUACAGCAAACUCUGAUCAAUACUCCUCUCUUUAUUAUGUGAUUACAGACCUUUUGCUGCAAGUAAACACACGAAGAGAUAAUUUACUUAACAAGUUAGAUAAAAUCGUUUCUUUAUCAGAUAUCAAAGAGUUUGAUGGGUUGAAUAUAAGAAUUAAGGGGUUGCAGGAUAAUAUAAGGACCUAUUUGGAUAUACUUUUGAAAUUGAACCAGAGGAAUGUUUUAUUGGAUAUUGAGGAAAAAGAACAAUUGAAGACAAUGGAAGUUGAAUUGGAGAGAAUGAAUAUUGAAUUAUUUGUUUUAAUGAACGGCUUAGGUGUUAAGAGCUCAAAGAAUCAGGUAAACAACAAAGAAACAUCAAGAUUGCUAACAGUCGAGGCGGAUCAGAUCAUUUGGCAUCUUUUAAACGAAGAUAAGAAACCAUUUAUUGAUUUUGCUUUAGCUAGAUGCAGAUUCAUUAGACUGGAUUCAGUCGAUGGAGCAAACAUGAACUUGGCAGAAGUAUUCAUGGCUCAAGGAUUCAAUUUACAGAGCGAUGCUAUGUAUCCAGAACUUUUGACGCCUCAUUUAGAUUUAAAUGAAAAUACAAUACCUGAUAGUAACAGAGAAAAACCUAUUUUGAGUACCACAUGGAAUAUGUUGAAUCACAUUGGUGGCAUACCUAUUAUGCAAGAUGCAAAAGUUGAGGUGCAGCCUUUGAAAGUUCAGUUGGAUUAUCAUACUACUAAAAAGCUUUUUGACUACUUGUUUCCUAAAGCUGAGGUCAGUGCUGAAGAUGAAAAAGACGAUAUACUUGAAUUUAACGAAGAAAUAAAGACUUAUGGAGAUACUAAAAAGCGUACGACCAAUCCGUUCAAGAAACUUAUGAAGAAAGAACGCAAUCAACUGGUUGAAAGUAUUCUCAAGGAUUCGGAUACCGUUGGAUCUAACAAUUCUGAUUUAGCAUCGAGUAGUGCUGUUUCAUCAUUAGAUGAUAUUAUAUUCAGAACUGACACUAAAGAUAGUUCCACUAAAUCGGUCAUAUCAGAUAGGAAUUCCACUGAUACCAAAAAAGAUAAUAUGGAUGAUAUUUCUAUUAUUAUGAACAGAUCUUCCAGGUAUGUGUCCAUUGUUAACCUUGAAAUAGCCAAAGUCCGGCUGUCGAUUAGUUUCAGCGCACCAAAACAUUUGAGUAUCCUCAAUGUUCACGAUCUAGGGUUAACUAUACCAACAUUAAGGUAUAGGAACAAAAUGUGGUCAGCAGAGGAAUUUGUACUUAAAUUGAAAAAGGAUAUUAUUAAGAUUAUAUUGAAUCAUACAGGAAAGAUCUUGGGUAACAAGUUCAAGCCAACGAAAAAGAAACCCAAGAUAGAACCUUUGAAGCAAAUAUCAAACUACGCCUCAUUUCUAACUUUGCAAGAUUUGCAGCUGAAAGAUGAAGAAGAGUUGGAAGAGCAAACCAUGCAACCGGAGGGUCCGAGCCUAAAUCUGAUUAGAAUUGACAACAAGGGUUCUAGGAUCAAACCUCAGUUGGAUACUAUAGUUGAUGAUAAUCCAGAGAAGGGCUCUACUUAG